UCGUCCGGCAUUAGGAAAGAGAUCUGGAUAGGGACUACGGAUACUACGCCCCUGUAUACUGUUUUGAAUCGAGCGUGGGACGGGAGCUAUUUGCGGCGGAUCAUCCACGCCCUGGCACACCAUGAGUCCGGCGUUGGAUAGAACACCUUACCCGUUAUGGGCGAGGGAUGUUGUCAGUGAUCUCAAAUCGGACGUUGAGGCGUUCUCGAGCUGGGACAAGUGCAUGGCAAAAGCCUACUGCAAGUGGCCAGUUAUUGCUGCGAUUAUUAUCGCCGCUCUUAUUGUCCUUGCGAUCAUUGCAUGUGUCGUCAAUUGUCUGUGCUGUGGUAUUCAAUGCUGCAAAUGUUGUUGUGGUUGUUGUUCCUGGUGCUGCCCGAAACCACGAAACAAGAGGAACAAAACAAAACACCUGGAUGACCCGUACCAGCAACAGCCGAUGCCGUCGAUGCCACCGCCGGCGCCCAUCAACAAUGCCUACAAUGCGCCUUACCACUCGCAGGCGCCUCCUUCGUAUCGUGGUGCAGAGGUGGCUCGGUUCGAUAUGGCAAAGAGCCCGGCAAUUUCAACGUUCAAUGAAGAUGCGUUGCCUGCUAUGCCCACCUGGGACAAUGCUACGAAUAAGAGGAUUGAAGAUACCGCGACAUACGAGGAUGUGGAAAUGAAACCCAUGAACGCUGCAAACAGUGAGCCUCGACGCAGACCAUCGGCAGCUGCAUCGAAUGUGAGCGGUUAUUCGGGACAACCGCCGUUGAGAACGGUCACUCCUGGAGUGCCGCAGAGGACGGGGACUUCUGGCACGCUUAGAUCGGUCACUCCGGGGAUGCCAACAAGAACGGGGACUCCGGGGACGCUUAGAUCGGGGACUCCUGGGAUGCCACAGAGAACGGGAACCCCUGGAAUGCCGCAGAGGACUGGGACGCCUGGAAUGCCACAGAGAACCGGGACUCCUGGGAUGCCGCUCAGAACGGUGACACCUGCCGCCUACCACCCUGAGCCCCAGGAGUUUGACGGUCAUGAUGCAUAUGGACAUAAUGCGUAUGGCCAUGAUACAUAUGGUCAGGACACAUAUGCUCAUGACGCAUAUGGCUACCAGGCUGAACCAAGAUCCCCCGUCUCUCCUUACGAGCACCAGCCAUACAGCGAGUAUCCUCCUGAAGACCGCUUCCAUUCCAUCUCCCCGGCGCCGACAUACACGACUCAACCUCAACCAUAUAUGCCCGUGGACGCAGGACAUUCCCACCCUAUGCCAACGGAUGAGACACAGCCUCACUACAUGAUGGACCCCGUGCAACCGCACCAUAUGCCAAUGGACAGUAUGGAGUCACACUACGCGCCGAUGGACGCCCCUCAAUCGCAUUACAUGCCGACGGACAACAUGCCGCCACAGCGUAUGCCAUCGGAUGCCACCAUGUACGGACACCAGGCGCCGAUUGACAGGACGUACUCCCCGGCUCCAGCAUUCCAUUCAGCCAUGAAUGCCCCUCGCCCGAUACCGUAUCGCCAACCGUCUCCGGCAGUCGGCCAAACACCCGCCUAUCGAACCUAUACUCCUUAUUCUCCCGCAUCUCCCACGUCACCCCCUCCGCCUUUUAGUGCGACGCCUGCACCCCAUGAAGAAACUGACGCGGGCAGGCCCCCGAGUGUUUUGCAAAGUGGACGCAGGCCGGCUCACAACUUUUAAACCUCGUUUCGGAAGUCCAUAACAAUUUUCUUUUCGCCAACAGCUGAAGCUCCGGUGCUUUCGCGGCCAGAAUAUUACAUUCUCCUGCCAGUGGCUGGCUUGCAGCUCCCCGACAAUCACUGU